UAUUUAUAUUUACAGCUCAAUAUAUUUCUAUGCACAAUUUGCAUUGAUAAAAAGAUAUAAAAUUAAUGUGAUGUUUGCUCCAGACAGAAUUUCUGAGCUUUACCCGCAUGUAAAUGAAAAUGAAACACCACUUCCACGUUGUUGGAGUUCGUUAGAUAAAUAUACUCAUAUUGGAUUAUCACAUAGCAACCUUAGAGCACAGUAUAAAGGUCUUGGGAAAACACAUAAAGAUGCUGCUUCAGUGCGUACUUCAAAUUCUAUACCUGCAGCAUGUGGAUUAUAUUACUUUGAAAUUAAAAUAAUUAGUAAAGGACGAGAUGGAUAUAUUGGAAUUGGUUUGUGUACACAGUCUGUAAAUAUGAAUAAACUUCCUGGUUGGGAAAAAGACUCUUAUGGCUAUCAUGCAGAUGAUGGUCAUUCAUUUUGCACAUCUGGUGCAGGUGAAGUUUAUGGACCAACUUUUACAACUGGUGAUGUUAUUGGCUGUGGAGUUAAUUUAAUAGAUAGAAAUUGUUUUUAUACAAAAAAUGGUGUUAAUCUGGGAAUUGCUUUUAGAGAUAUUAUAAAUUUUGAUAUUUUUCAGCCAAAUUUGUUUCCCACUGUUGGUUUACAAACUCCUGGUGAAAUAGUAGAUGUAAAUUUUGGUCAACAACCUUUUGUGUAUGACAUAAAUGAAGUUAAAAAGGAAAUGCAGUCAAAUGUCAUGAAGUCUAUUGUGCAGUUUCCUGUAACAACUUCAGAGGCAGCUUGGCAAUCAAUUAUUCAGAAAGUUGUGGCAGGAUACCUUGUGCAUUAUGGAUAUUGUUCUACAGUUGAAUCUUUUGCAAAAAGUACUGGGCAGAGUAUUGGUGAAGAACUUAUAUCAAUUCGCAACAGGCAAAAAAUACAAAAGUUAAUAUUAUCUGGUAGAAUAAGUGAAGCCAUAGAGACUAUAAAAACCUUUUUUCCAAAUUUAUUGGAAAAAAAUCCAAGAUUAGCUUUCCAACUUAAAUGCAGACAAUUUAUUGAAAUGGUUAGUGGUUGUGAUGGGGAAGUUAAACCUCAGUCACAGUCAUUAACACAUCCACAACCUCACAGCCCAAACAGAAUACGAAGUACUCCUUCUAGUCCAAUGCAUAGUAGUUUGAAUGCAUCAAGUAGUAAAAAUCAUGAAACAAAUAGAAUUAGUUAUAUUGAAAAUGGAGAAAAAGUUUUGCAUGAAAAUGGGUCUCUGAAUAACGGUAAUGGCUGCUCUGAUAUGAUAGUUGAUGAAUAUAUAAGCAAUGGUGUUGACCAUUAUAAAGAUAGUCCUAUGGAUGAAGAUAACCGGCCUCAUAGUAUAUCAGUGAUAACAUCUAUUUCAAAAGAAUCGGUACCAUUAAUGCGUCAACUUUGUGGUGGGAAUUUAGUAGCUAUUGAAAAGCUUCUUGUGUUUGGUAAGUUAUUGCAAAAUUCAUAUAAAGAAAUGGUAAAUGCAUCUGGCGUUGAACAUGAAGCUGACAAGUUACUUUUAAAGGAUUCAUUUAGUUUAUUAGCAUACAAUAAUCCUUAUGAAAGCCCAGUCAACAAACUUUUAGAACCUGUAGAAAGAGAAAACAUUUUUGCAUUAGUCAAUACUGCUAUAUUAGAAAAUGAAAAUCUUCCUGGUAAACCAUCACUAGAAGUAGCUAUUGCACAAGCAAAACUUUGUUUAAAAACGAUGGCAAAGCAUGGUUUGGGAGCGUGUGCAAUGGUAAAAGUAGAAGAUUUUUUUUGUGAAAAAUAAUGUCCAACAGAUUUUUGUUAAUGUAAACAUGUAUAUAUGUGUUAUUAAAAAACUUUUUAAAAAACACUUGUUUUGUUAUUGUAAAUUUUUGAAUUUUUAUUAUGAAUAUAUUGUACCCUAAACUAGUU